AUGAGAGUUUCCUUUCUGCCUAAGCCACUAUCACCAGGCACUAUUGAGAUUUUCAAUACUUCUGAUUUGAAUUAUGAUUUAUCUAUUGUCCAACAACCACAAAAUUCAAGAGAGUCUACAGUCAGGAGACGGUCUACAGAAGCAUUUCAUUCAGACGAUAUAGACCAGCCUUUGCGUUGUUACAAACGAUUACUUAAACCCGCACCUGUGGUAGUAUUAAAAAUAUUUGAUUCCCAAAACAGGAAUAUCACUCAAUAUUCUCUUGGCAGUUUUUUCAUAACUCUCUCGUUGGUGCAUGAAAACGCAAACAAAACUUCUCAUUUAAUGGGCACUACCAUCAUCUCUGGUGCUAAUUAUUGCUAUGCGGAGGACCAAGGUAUGGUUGUAUUCAACAUCAAUGACAUUGGUAUUUCUGAAAGUGGCACGUAUAGACUACGAAUCAAUCUUUUCAAGUCCGAAGCUUACGGAUAUUUUAAUGGGAAAGUUAUGUCUCCCAAGAUUGUGAUGCUUAAAGAAAUCCGCACUCAAAAAUUUACAGUUUUUAGAGCAAACGAAUACUAUAAGGAAAAGGCUCAAAAAGUGAUAAGAGAACAAAGAACUAAGAUGAUAAGAAAUUUCAAAAUUUCUCCAAUGAUUGAUUACCUCAUGAGGAUAAAGAUUGUGAAAUACCCAUCAAAGUUAUCACAAAUUUCAUUUUUAGCAAGAGCUUCUAGCCAAGAUAGCUCUGAGCCAUCUACAACAUCCCAGAAAAGGAAGAGGAAUGAGGAAGAGGAAUCUGCUCCAAGGAAGAGACGCGCAUCCUUAGUUAAUGAAUGGAGUGAACCUAAACCUGAAGAAAUAAUAAUUUCUAAAUCCGAUCCUAGUGAAGUUGCUGUGUCAAAUGCAUCUGCAACAUCACUAAACAUAAAACCGACUUUAGAACGUCUUUCACUAGUUUUUGAAUAUGCACCAAAAAUAUCGGAAUGCCAUCUGGAUCCUCUAGAAUAUCUGCCAGAAAUAUCAGACUGUCUCUCAGAACCACUAGAUCUUCUGCCACAAUUGCUGCCACAGACUGCUCUAAAUACAUUUUCUUUAGGUAGUGAUGAUUUAGUCGGUCUCCUUCAUUCUUCCUCCAGUAUUGAAGGGUCCUUACAGUGUAUAAACCCAGUUUCUUGUUCGAGUGAGCUCUUAACAUUAGAGAAAGAAUGUAUUAAUCAGGAUAUGACAAGCCAGGAUGAUGAUUUUUAUACUGGACCUUAUUUUUCCAGUUUUGAUGAUCUCGAUGAAGUCAUUAUGGGGUCUUGUCUUGCCACAUCUGCUUGCUAG